UCAUGCUGCUGCCAGGUCCACAGUGUCUCAUGGGUCCCUGUACGGCCUCCCAUUGCUGCUGUCUCCAUUGCGACACUCUGCAUGUGCCACUUUCAGGUCUCCUCACACACUGCUGGGUUCCAUUUUGUCAUAGGGUGCUGGCAGAUUUCGGGCCUCCCAUUGCUGCUGCCAGGCCUUAAUCUGCCAUGGGCCCCUGUACCGCCUCCUCAUGCUGCUGCCAGGUCCACAGUGUCUCAUGGGUCCCUGAACCGCCUCCCAUUGCUGCUGUCUCCAUCGCCACACUCUGCCAUGUGCCACUUUCAGGUCUCCUCACACUGCUGGUGUGUUACAUUUUUUGUC